UAAUUUUCAAGAUUCUUUUCUGAUCGAGAAAAAUUAUUAAAUUAUUAAAAAUUAAGGUAUUUCUAGACAUAAAUUAAUUAAAAUGAGUAGCAUAAAGUUCAUCUGGUCUCUGAUGGCAUCAGUUUUUGUACUGAUUUCAUCGAUUUCUUCACAAAGUGCAUUUGAUUCUCAUUUAAAUGUUCAACUGUAUCAUUCAUUGGAUGCUAAUGAUGUUACUGGAUUUACAUCAAGAGGAAAUAUCACAAUAAUUUCAAUUAAUCUUGGUGAUAUAGUCGUUAACCAAAAAGAAUUAAAUAGUAAGGAACGGGAUGUUUUAAAGAGACUUGCCAAAGACAAAAAGCUAUAUAGAUUAAAGGCUGAAGUUGUUGGGAGUGAUGGAGUCAAAACUACAUUUUUGAGCUCCUUAAAAGCUUGUCAUUUAAUCCAAUCGGCACUUCAUGAUUUUAUUACCAUCAAUUUUGAUCAUAACAACGCAGUCCUAGGUGUAAACAUUAAGGCAGUAAGCUUAGAUGAAACAUCAGAUGAUUGCGAUAACUUGGGAUUAGAUAAUUUCAAUGAAUUCAGCACAGUCGUUAAUUUAAAGAAUAUUGAAGCAGCUCCAAUUCCAGACACUCAAGGGUUCAUCCAGAAAUUAGAACGAGAGAAGGAAAUGAGAGAUAAAGGAGAAAUUGACAACAGAUCCUUUAUACAGAAGUACUGGAUGUAUAUUGUACCAGCUGUAAUCUUACUCCUCGUUAGUGGUGUCACAAAUACAGAAGGUCAAGGAGCUGCUCGAUAAAGUAAAUUAUUUAAUUCUAGUGCAACAUUGCUUGAUGUUUUGUGGAAUAAAGGUAUGAAUGUUUUAUGAAACAUUAA